CAACUACUGUCCCUGGGGGGAAGCCAGCCCUGCUCUCUCCAUAAAAGCAGCCCAGCUGCCUUGACCCUGGCAGACGGCAGCUCUGCUCUGGUGCCACCGAGCAGCCCUCCCACAGCCCGGCAUGGCAAAGGCAGCCGAGGUGGUCUGCGCCCUCCUCCUCCUUGCUGUGCUGUGCUGCCAGAGCCUGGCUCAGAGAGCCCCGGCUGUGCCAGACAAGUGCUGCUUCAACUUCCAGACAAGAAGGAUCAAGAGAGACAACAUCAUCUCCUGCUACCCCACCAGCCCUGAGUGCCCACACCAGGCUGUGAUCUUCAAGGUGAGGAGCGGGAAGGAGAUCUGCGCCCAGGCAAGCAGGGGCUGGGUGAAGAGGUACCAGCAGAGCUUCCAAGUCAGCUCCUUCUCCAUCCCCAGCUAGUGGGGUGGCCAGAGGCACCACAGGGAGUCCCCUCCAUGAGGGAUGGGACACCACAAAGGCGACCCAUUUGCAGAGGUGGCUGUGGGGACACCGCAUGUGGAUAUAGCAGCUCAUCUGGGACAUCCUGCCCACCAAGCUGUUACGACCCUCACCACCUCCUCGAAGGCAAAGGGCCUUUGCCAUUGCUGGCAUCCCACCAGGAUGGGUUGUGCUGACCCCGCGGGGCCCUGGGGUCCACACCUGCUGCCAGCCCCCAUGCUCUCAGCCCUGCUUUACUCACAGGCAACAACAGCAUGUCAGUGAGGCUGCACUUGCUGGCCUGGCAGCAGCAGAGGGGUUAAGGGGGAGCUGCUCCAUGGUUAUUUUUUGUACAACAUACUGAACAGAAUUAAACCUGAUCUCACACAUGCAAA